CCGCCCCUCCUGCUCAGCCCCCGUUUUGUAAGAGCAGGAAAGCACUGUUGUAUAACAAACAGAGCAGCGCGUUAAACCACCAGCCAGCCUUACUGAGCACAGCAAAGAAUGAAGCACAAAUGCAUUCACUGGUUCCGCAAAGGCCUUCGCCUGCACGACAACCCUGCUUUAAAGGCCGCCUUACAUGACUGCGAGCACAUCUAUCCCGUGUUCAUACUGGACCCCUGGUUCCCCAAGAACGCACAAGUGGGCAUCAACAGAUGGAGAUUCCUAGUGGAAGCCCUCAAAGACCUGGAUUCAAGCCUGAAGAAGCUCAAGUCCAGGCUCUUCGUGGUCAGAGGUACACCCAGAGAAGUUUUUCCGAAGCUGUUUGAGGAGUGGAAAGUAACACGGCUGACCUUUGAGGUCGACACGGAGCCUUACAGUCAAAUACGGGACAAAGAAGUGAUGGACUUGGCCAAGCAGCAUGGUGUGGAGGUCAUCACUAAGAUUUCCCACACGCUCUACAACAUUGAAAGAAUCAUUGAGCAGAACAAUGGAAAGCCUCCUUUGACCUACGUUCGCUUCCAGACUGUUUUAAAGGACAUGGGUCCACCAAAAAGACCAGUACCUGCCCCAACCAGAGAGGACAUGAAAGGUAUUUUGACCCCGAGCUCAGACAAACAUGAUGAGAUUUAUGGAAUACCAACGCUGGAGGAGCUUGGCCAGGAUUCCUCAACGUUAGGGCCAGAUCUUUAUCCAGGAGGGGAGCAGGAAGCUCUGCGCAGACUGGACGAAUACAUGCAGCGAACGGGCUGGGUGUGCAGUUUCGAGAAACCCCAGACGUCCCCCAAUGCCCUGAGCCCCAGCACCACCGUCCUCAGCCCGUACGUCAAAUUCGGCUGCCUGUCUGCACGCACGUUCUGGUGGCGCCUCGCUGAGGUCUACCAGGGGAGGAAGCACUCUGUACCCCCAGUCUCCCUGCAUGGCCAGCUGCUGUGGAGGGAGUUCUUCUACACGGCGGCUGUUGGCAUCCCAAACUUCAGCAAAAUGGAAGGCAACCCAAACUGUGUGCAGGUGGACUGGGACAGCAAUCCAGAACAUCUGGCUGCAUGGAGGGAGGCGCGCACAGGCUUUCCAUUUAUUGAUGCUAUAAUGACGCAGCUGUGGCAAGAGGGCUGGAUCCAUCACCUGGCCAGACACGCAGUGGCCUGCUUCCUGACCCGAGGAGACCUUUGGAUUAGCUGGGAGGAGGGUCAAAAGGUGUUUGAGGAUUUGUUGCUGGACGCUGACUGGUCACUGAACGCAGGGAACUGGCAGUGGCUCUCGGCCAGCGCUUUCUUUCACCAGUACUUCAGAGUCUACUCCCCCAUCGCCUUCGGGAAGAAGACUGACAAGAACGGCGACUACAUCAAGAAAUACCUCCCAGUCCUAAAGAAAUUCCCACCUGAGUACAUAUAUGAACCGUGGAAAGCGCCAAAGAGUGUCCAGCAGCAAGCAGGGUGCAUUGUGGGAAAAGACUACCCCCGUCCUAUAGUGGACCAUGACGUCGUCAGCAAGAGGAACAUUCAGAGAAUGAAAGCCGCGUACGCCAAGCACUCCAGAGACCCCACCCACAGCCAGACUGAGAGCAAAGAAAUGCUGACCUUACCCAUCUUCCACUCCGUAAAUCAUACUGUGAGGUAACGGAAUGCCAGCCAUAGUUUGUUUUGGUCCCUGUCCGAUACCGAGCAUGUCAGCAAUUUUCC